AUUUUUGACCUGAUGCGAUCCGUUGCUAGUGCCUUGGCGCACCCCUUGCUCUUGCCUCGCCAAUCCCAGCCCUGCGGAUGUUAGCAGAUCGCACCCAGCGCAGUGACGGCAUCUGUGGCUAGCUGGUCGAGCGCAGCUCUUUCACGCUCAACGAUGUUCAGGUGCAGCCAUUGAAUUUUGUCACACGUAUUUGGAGCUGUCCCAAUCGUUCAGACUCGACACAAUGCCCCCUCCACCACCGAAACAGGGGGUGUCUAUCGCUCAAAGACCACCCAUGAAAGUCGCGAAGCCGCCAUACGAACUCGAAUCGAUCAUCGCCUUCUAUUUAUUUGCCGCAGCCAAUAUCAUCGCGGCCUUCUACGCACCCAUUCAAGACUGUGACGAGGUCUUCAACUACUGGGAGCCUACACACUAUCUAAACCAUGGCUACGGACUCCAGACGUGGGAGUACUCUCCUGAGUAUGCUAUCCGCAGCUGGACAUACACUGGCAUACAUGCUCUGGUCAUCCGACUUGGUAUGAUGCCUCUUCGGUUGUUCGGUUUCGCAAGGUCAAAGACUGCAGAGUUCUACUUCCUGCGUACUUUCCUGGCAGUGAUUUGUGCUAUGUGCCAGACACGUCUCUACUCGGUGGUUGCAAGGACCUUCAACCCGCGUGUGGCACUGUUCCUCAUCUUCGCGAUGGUGUUCAGUCCUGGCAUGUACCAUGCUGCGCCAGCCUACUUGCCUUCAAGCUUCGCAAUGUAUGCGACAAUGCUGGGUCUCCAAGCCUUUAUGGACUGGAGUGGUGGUAUCAGAACGGCUCAGGGGUUGAUGUGGUUCGGCAUUGGGACACUGCUUGGGUGGCCUUUCGUAGGCGCUCUCGUACUACCAUUCAUUGCAGAGGAGAUCUUCUUGGUAUCUCUCACCGGCGAAGGUAUUGAAUGCAUUACAAGGCUUGCUGAUGGUCUGACGCGAUCCAUCGUUGUAUUGGCACUCCAAACGGCUUUCGAGACGUUCUUCUACAAGACUGUCACCGUCGUACCAUGGAACAUUGUCAAGUACAAUGUUUUCAGUGGCGGAAGCAGGGGUCCUGACAUCUACGGUGUUGAGCCAUGGCACUUCUACAUCCGCAACCUCACCCUGAACUUCAACCUAUGGUUUUUCUUGGCUUUGGGGGCAUUGCCGUUAAUUCUUAUUCAGCAUUUGCUGGUGCAAAAGUCGGUUUCCAAGCAAACACUUCUACGCAGCGUGGUCUUCGUCAGUCCUUUCUACCUGUGGCUCGGCAUUUUCUCGCUUCAGCCUCACAAAGAAGAGCGCUUCAUGUAUCCAGUGUACCCUGCACUGGCACUGAACGCCGCUAUUGCGCUACACAUCCUACUUGCAAAUCUAGGUUCGACCGAUCCGAGUCGAUUGGUUAGCAGGGUCCCAGCACAGGUGAAGCUCGUCAUCGUCAGUGUCCCACUGCUAUUGGCCUUUGAUGUGGGUGUUCUUCGCACUAUCGGCACCCUCACGGCAUACUCGGCGCCCCUGAAGGUGUACACUCCGCUACAUCAAGCAGGAGUAAGCAAGCCUGGAGACAAUGUGUGUCUUGGCAAGGAGUGGUACCGGUUUCCUUCAUCAUAUCUUCUACCAGAUCGUGUCCGUCCCAAGUUUAUCAAGAGCGAAUUCUCAGGACUGCUGCCAGGCGAGUUCAGUGAGGCAACCGCUGGUGGGUUUGGCUUGUUCCCCGGUACUUGGCUCAUACCCUCUGGCAUGAACGAUGAGAACAUCGAAGAUCCGGGCAAAUACACCAGCAUUGAGCAUUGCGAGUUCAUCGUCGACUCGAGCCUCCCUGGGGUAGUGCCAAACGCUCUUGAACCGGAUUACAUCACAGACACCGAGCACUGGGAGCCGCUGAAAUGCGCAUCAUUCCUCGACGUCUCGCGGACGCAUCUUGUGGGCCGUUUACUAUGGGUACCAGAUCUCUCAUUCAUUCCCGAGCAGUUCCGCCGUAAGUGGGGGCAGUACUGUCUUCUACAACGAAAGGUCUCUGGCAAAGCUACUCAACAUGCUUGAGCGAGGGUUCAGAUGCGUGACUGAGCAAAGGUUGCCAACACCGAUUGUUAUAGGAUGAAUUGAGAGCGUGGCAGCGACUCUGAAGGAAGCACUCAGACCCUGGCCUUGCGGACUCGUGAUUCGUAUGGCCUUCUAGUAAGGAAGAAGAGCUACACGAGCCGCACAAGUAGGUUGCUUGGCAUACCGCAGCGAUUGCAGCUCUAUGAUACGGACCCACAUAACC